AUGAUUCGUACUCAAUACAAAGCACAAGUUCAGGUCCUCCGUAGUGAUAAUGGGGGAGAAUAUCUGAGUUCUGACAUUCAGCAAUACUUAGCAACACAUGGAAUUGUUCAUCAAACUACUUGUCCCUCCACACCUCAACAGAAUAGGGUGUCAGAAAGGAAGAAUCGUCACUUGUUGGAAGUUGUUCGUGCUUCUUUGAUCGAAGCCCAUAUGCCUCUCUUCUAUUGGGGUGAAGCACUUGCCUCUACAGCUUUCUUAAUUAAUCGUAUUCCCUCCAGUAUUGUGAAGUUCCAAACUCCAUCUCAAGCUCUAACAAAAGCAGUUCUUGCCUCAGCUGUCCCCAACUUACCACAUCAUGUCUUUUGGUUGUGUGGCAUUUGUACACCUCCACAAACAUCAACGCAGUAA